AUGUCACGGUUGGCUGAUUAUUUUGUUAUUGUUGGGUACGAUCACAGUAAAGAAAGAAGUGGAGUAAGCAAUGGUGUUAUAUUACAAAGAUUUCCAAACACAGACUGGAGUGACACUCCAUUCAUUGAAGGAAUUGAAUUGGUUGGUAUUUUACAAUUUAUAUGUUGGGCACUGUCUACCGAAAGACAAGAGCCAAAAUUUUUUGUGUCAGUUUUAACUGAUAUUGAUGCCAACCGACAUUACUGUGCAUGCCUUUGUUUUAAUGAAACAGUAUCUAUAACUCCGAGUAAACCUGUUGAUGAAGAAGAAGAUGCACUUGAAAAUGAAAGUGGAGAAAGGCUUGGAAGUUUAGGAAGAACAUCCAUUUUACCAAUUUCACAUUACAGCAUUAUGUAUGCUCCUAAAUGUUUAGUUUUAGUUUCAAGAUUAGAUUACAUUGAUACUUUUAGGAGUUGCUUAGGCUUGAUUUACACAGUAUGUAUUGAAAAUAUUAAUGUUCCUUUGGAAACUUUAGUGGGAAAUAUAUUAGGAUGUAUUCAAGUUCCUCCACCAGGAGGACCACAAGUCAGAUUUAGUAUAGGAGCUGGUGAUAGACAAGCAUUGCAGCCUCCACUGUCUCCGUCUCUUCCUGUAACUCAUACUUCUGUUAAUCUGUUGUUUCAACAAUUAGGUAUAAGAAAUGUACUAGUUUUAUUUUGUGCCAUUAUGACAGAACAUAAAAUUUUAUUUCAUUCAAAAAGUUAUACACGUCUGACUGAAGGGAGUAGAGCUCUUACAGCUCUCAUGUAUCCAUUUAAAUAUACUCAUGUAUAUAUUCCGUUAUUACCUGCUGCUCUUCUUGAAGUUAUAUCAACUCCUACUCCAUUUAUUAUGGGAAUUCACAGCUCUCUUAAACCUGAAAUAUCAGAUUUGAUGGAUGUUAUUGUGGCGGAUUUAGAUGGCGGAUCUAUUCAACUUCCUGACAGGGUUUCUUUACCUUUGUUACCAGAACCCUUUCUUUCGCAAACGCAAGAGAGUUUGUCCCUUGUUCUCCAACCGGAAUUAAGCUGGGCGGAUCAUGCUUUCCCUCCUCUGGCAAUGAGGGAAACACAACCAGCACUCUUAGAUAAAGAAAUACGUGCCGUAUUUAUGAGAACUUUUGCACAAUUAUUUCAAGGAUAUCGCAGUUGUCUGACAAUUAUUAGAAUAUAUCCAAAACCAGUUAUAACAUUUCACAAGUUGUUUUAUCAAUCGUUAAUUGACUGUGAAUUUACUACUCGAGUACUUGAUUGCAUGUUUUUCACUGGUUUUGUUUCUGAAAGAGGACCCCCUUGGCGACCUUGCGAUGUUUGGGACGAGCUGUACAAUAAUAUUGGUGAAUUACUCAAAAUCGAAACGCAAGAUCCGAAAAAACUUUUAAAUCAUAUUCAGGAAUUAGGUCAACAAUUAUACGUCAACGAAAAUCCGAAUCAUCAGCCGUACGUUCAAAAAAUUCUUAAACCUCCAGAAGGAGCUUUUACGAGAAUUCAUCAUCCACCCUUACCUCAAUUGGAUUAUGCAAAAGUUCAAGCGAUAAUAGAUGAAGGAAUGAUUAAGAACAAUUUAAAAGCAAGGUUAUCUUCUUUACGGCCUGCACAACCGAGAAUAGUCCCGAACGGUCCGCACAUAUCUACCAUAUCCGAUAAUCGCCCUGGUAUUUCCGAUUCAGCACGCCGACUCGAAGUUUUAAAGAAUUGCAUCAACUGCAUAUUCGAAAACAAAAUUUCAGACGCUAGAAAAACAUUUCCAGCUGUUGGUAGAGCGCUUAAAAGUAAAGCUGCUAGGUUGGCUUUGUGUUCAGAGCUUUCACAACAUGUUGUUGGAAAUAAAGCUAUGUUAGAGCAUCAACAAUUUGAUUUAGUAGUUCGUUUAAUGAAUUGUGCUCUUCAGGACGAUUCAGCUAUGGAUGAACACGGAGUGGCAGCUGCUCUAUUACCAUUAUCAACGGCUUUUUGUCGAAAAUUAUGUACUGGUGUUAUUCAAUUUGCAUAUACCUGCAUUCAGGAACAUCCUGUUUGGCAAAAUCAACAGUUUUGGGAAUCAGCUUUUUACCAAGACGUUCAAAGAGACAUUAAAGCCCUGUACUUGCCUAGAAUGGAAAUAAAUUCUUUGCCACCAAGUAGCCCGAGAGAUUCAAGAGAGUUUCCUUUUAGAAACUACAGUCGUAUACAAGAACCCAGCGCCCUAGAAAUAGCUGCUGAGCAAAUGCGGUUGUGGAACGCAUACACUCCAGAAAAACAGCAAGAGCUUGUUUGCAGCGAAGAGUCAACUUUAUACAGUCAAGCUAUUCAUUACGCGAAUAGAAUGGUUUAUUUGUUGGUACCCUUGGAUAUAGCAAGCCGAGCACAUAAACAAGAAUCUAAUUUAGACGAAGAACGCACAAGUAAUUGCAACACCAAUAGCGUUGCAGAAAGUGAUAGUGCAGAUGCAGAAUCAGGUUUCGAAGAGGCUGAUCCCGGGGAAACUGGAGCAGCAGUCAUUCGCACGGUAUCAAGAUUCGUAGAUAAAGUUUGUACGGAAGGUGGAGUGAGUUACGAACAUGUUAGAGCUCUGCAUUUAAUGAUACCCGGCGUCGUUCACAUGCACAUCGAAACUUUAGAUGCUGUUUAUAAAGAAUCAAAAAGAUUAUUACCAAUACAAAAACCAAAGAUUUUAACUCCAACCAUGCUGCCGGGUGAAGAUUUAGUAAUGGAAGGUUUAAGAGUGUAUAUGUUGGCUGAUGGUAGAGAUGAGGUCACCGGGGGUACUUUUGGAGGACCUCCAUUAUUACCGGCGGAAGGUGCCAUUUUUUUAACUAAUUAUAGGAUUAUAUUUAAAGGAACACCUUGUGACCCUUUUGCUUGUGAACAAUUAAUUGUCCGCGCUUUUCCGGUUACUUCAUUGACGAAAGAAAAACGAGUGAACAAUGCUCAAUAUUUACCUCAUCUAGAGCAAUGGCUUAAUGAAGGCCUUCAGUUGAGGUCCUGUACUUUCCAGCUAUUGAAAUUAGCAUUUGACGAAGAAGUUACGCAAGAAAGUAUAGAAAGCUUUAGAAAAAUGCUUCAAAAAGUUCGCCAUCCUCCUGACAUUUUUCAUUAUUUCGCUUUUAUCGGUCAGGUUGUGGUAUCUCAAACUCCUCUUCAUAAAGGAAAAGAAAAAAAUGUUACUCUUAAGGGUUUUGCAAAGAAAACUUUAUUGAAAACUGCUAGGAAAGCUGGAUUCAAACCGAAAACGUCUUCGAAAAGGCAAAAAUACGUUUUUCCAAACUUGAGCAGUCAAAAAUAUUUAACUUCUCCCGGAAGGAUGAUUGACGAAUUUGAAUCGACGGCUUCUGUAAGUAUACCACCUCAAGCUACGGAUGCUAAAACUUUGGAAAGGUUGUCAGAAAGAAGCUACGUAAGAGAUUGGCAUCGUUUGGGGUUGACUAACGACGCAUCUUUUAAUUCAAAAACACAAAAACAUGAUUUAUUUAGAAUUACAUCCGUAAACGCUGGGUAUCUUAUGUGUCGAAGUUAUCCCGCUUUACUCGUGGUUCCCGCUGCAAUCGAAGAUAAUUCUCUUCGUCGGAUUUGUCAAUGUUAUAGGCAUAAUAGAUUUCCCGUUGUAACUUGGAGACAUCCGCGAACUAAAGCUUUACUCGUUCGAGCUGCCAGGUCUUAUGGUAAAAGCGUAAUGGGAAUGUUAAAAGGCCAUCCCACGGCUACAGUCGCUACGUCUGACACUGCAUCGUCUAUUGAACAAGAAAAAUAUCUCAUGGAAUUGGUAGCUGCAACUCCUCUUUCCGUUGUACGUCAAGGAGGGACUUGGGGAAUGUCGGAUAGUAACCUGAGUAUAGAUUCUUUAGUUUUAGCUGCAGACGAUCAUUUGCAAACGAGCCUAACAACUCCUGAAAGUAAUAGAAGAAAUCGUCGUCAAAGCAGUUCUCAAGCUUCUUUAGCAAGUGUAAAUGCGGGAACGAGGCCUCUUCAAAGAUUAUCCGGUGAUAGUGAUUCUGGAACUGAUAGCGUGCAAAUAUUUCAAAGAUCUCCUUUAUAUAUAUUGGGAGAGAAAACCCAAACGAAGGGCGUUAAAACUGAAUCAAAUUUAAAGACUGAUUUUAUUCCCUUGGAUUAUUAUGAUAUUAGGAGUACUAAGGCUGCUUUUAAAAAAAUUAUGAGAGCUUGCAUUCCAUCUUCCGUCAGCCCUGAACCGGAGCAAACUUUUUUAAAGUUAGUCGAAAGUUCAGAAUGGCUACUACAAAUUAAAAGUAUAAUGCAAAUUUCCGGAACCGUCGUCGAUUUAAUAGACAUGCAAGGUUCUUCUGUUUUGCUGUCUUUGGAAGAUGGGUGGGAUAUAACGUCACAGAUUUCUUCAGUUGCACAACUUUGUUUGGAUCCUUACUAUCGAACGAUCGACGGAUUUAGAGUUCUCAUUGAAAAAGAAUGGCUGGCUUUUGGAUAUAGAUUUUCUCAUCGGUCCAAUUUGUCUACGAAUUCUCCCGCGAGCGGAUUCGCUCCGACUUUCAUCCAAUUUUUGGAUGUCGUGCAUCAAAUUCAAAAACAAUUUCCGUUAGCCUUUGAAUUCAAUGAUUUUUAUUUAAGGUUUUUAGCAUAUCAUUCAGUCUCCUGCAGAUUUCGGACUUUUCUCUUAGAUUGCGAAUGCGAAAGGGUCGAAUGUGGCAUAACGGCUGUGGAAGAUAAACGCGGUAGUUUACCUACUCAUCAUAAAGGGGUAGACACUUGCGGUUCGGAUGAUGAAAGUAUUUAUCCGGGAGGUAGACUUGCAGGAACGAGUCAGGGGCCUAAUUUGGGACAAUCAAUUUUUGAUUACAUUGAAAAACAACACAUGAGAUUACCAAUAUUUUACAAUUUUAUGUAUACACCUGACAACGAAAAUUCCGUUUUGAGACCGUCAUCGCAUAUUCCAAAAUUAGAAAUUUGGGGUUAUUAUUUAAACGAAGAAUUGGCACAUGGACCCCCGUACGAUCUCGAAAUUGUUCAAAUGGAUUAUCUUCAAGAUGAUGAAACGGAGCCCAAUGAAGUGGGAAUGAAAUCUUUGAGAAAAACCGUCAUUGCUGGGUACGAUACCGUAGAAAAAAAUGUACCCGAAGCAUUUUCUCAGGUACUGGAAGAAAUAUACAGGCUGGAAACUGAAUUAGGUCAUUUACCUCAAAAGUGGAAAGUUCUUUGGGAUAAAUUAGAAAUACCGUCUACCGAUUCCCUCGUUAGACACUCUUCCUUUAAUACUCAAUUGGUACGAUAUCACGGACGUUUAUUGCACAAAAGGUCUACCCUCGAAAUACUUUUGAGAGGAAAAAUCGAAGGAGCAACGGAAAUGUCUUAUGCUUAUUCGCAUCCUCAUAGAUUUGAAAAAUAUAAUUAUACUACACCCACUUCGUGCGAUGCUUGUCCAAAUGUUUUUUGGGGUCCUUUUAAGACUGGAGUGAGAUGCGUAGAUUGCGGAUAUAGUUGCCACGAAAAAUGUGCGGAAAACGUACCCAAAAAUUGUACAAAAUAUAAGGCCAUAGAGGGCAAUCAAACUCAAACAUUAACAAGAAGCGGUCACACAAAUUCAGUUAAUUCUAAUGUAACGACUCUUCAGGCAUCCAGUCAUCAAUAUUACGAACAAUUUAGUUCCAACGUGGCGGAAAAUAGAACUCACGAGGGGUAUUUGUAUAAAAGGGGAGCUCUUUUGAAAGGAUGGAAACAAAGAUGGUUUGUUUUGGAUUCUAUAAAGCAUCAAUUGAGAUAUUAUGAUGCAGUCGAAGAUUCACACUGUAAAGGAUACAUUGAUUUAGGUGAAGUAGUAUCCGUCAUAUCAGCCACUCCAGGUCCAGGUACUCCGAAAAAAGCAGAUGAAAAAGCUUUCUUUGAUUUGAGGACUUGUAGGCGAACUUAUAAUUUUUGUGCAAACGAUGCUUCUACCGCUCAAGAAUGGAUUGAUAAAAUACAAGCCUGUCUUCAGUAA